CAGAGCGCAGCAGGUUCCCGGAGCUUGGAUAUAAGUCCGGGAGAAUCCCGGGGUCCCUGCACAGAGGAUGAGAGACCAGCAGACCGUGACCAGACAGACAGAUAUCUGGACCCGUCCGUCCUCCGUCGCCUGUUUUAGUUUUCUGGGGUGUCCAGGGGUUUUAUAGUAAUCAGCAUGGCGACCUCAUCCAGCUCACAGUUGAGUAAACUGGUCAAGCGCCAGUAUAUGGAGCUUCCACAAGGAGAAAAAGUGCAGGCCAUGUACAUCUGGAUAGAUGGGACUGGAGAGGCGCUGAGAUGUAAGACCAGAACAUUGGACUCUGAGCCUAAAAGCGUCGAAGAUCUCCCCGAGUGGAAUUUUGAUGGUUCCAGCACCUACCAGUCUGAAGGCUCCAACAGCGACAUGUAUCUGGUUCCCUGUGCCAUGUUCAGGGACCCUUUCCGCAAAGACCCCAACAAACUAGUCCUGUGUGAGGUGCUGAAGUAUAACCACAAGCCUACUGAAACCAACCAUCGUAUCACCUGCCAGAAGAUCAUGCAGAUGGUGGAGGAACAAAGCCCUUGGUUUGGAAUGGAGCAGGAGUACACCAUCUUGGGAACAGAUGGACACCCCUUUGGGUGGCCCUCUAAUGGCUUUCCUGGACCACAAGGACCCUACUACUGUGGAGUUGGGGCAGAUAAGGCCUAUGGCAGAGAUAUUGUUGAAGCCCACUAUAGAGCCUGCUUGUACGCUGGGGUGAAGAUUUGUGGCACGAAUGCUGAAGUCAUGCCUGCUCAGUGGGAGUUCCAGGUGGGCCCUUGUGAAGGCAUUGAAAUGGGAGAUCACCUGUGGAUAGCUCGCUUCAUUCUGCACAGAGUCUGCGAAGACUUCGGCGUGGUGGCCUCGUUUGACCCCAAGCCCAUCCCUGGCAACUGGAACGGCGCUGGCUGCCACACUAACUUUAGCACCAAGGAGAUGCGGGAAGAGGGUGGACUGAAAUACAUUGAGGAGUCUAUCGAGCGGCUUGGGAAGAGGCACAGUUAUCACAUCCGGGCCUAUGACCCUAAAGGUGGGCUGGACAACGCUCGUCGUCUCACCGGCCACCACGAGACCUCCAACAUCCACGAGUUUUCCGCCGGCGUGGCUAACCGUGGCGCUAGCAUCCGCAUCCCUCGCUCUGUGGGCCAAGAGAAAAAGGGAUACUUCGAGGAUCGCCGUCCAUCCGCCAACUGCGACCCGUACGCUGUCACUCAGGCGCUAAUACGCACAUGUCUGCUUAACGAAGAAGGAGACGAACCUGUGGACUAUUAGAGUCUCUCUCUCUCUCUCUCUCUCUCUCUCUCUCUCUCUCUCUCUCUCUCUCUCUCUCUCUCUCUCUCUCUCUCUCUCUCU